AUGGGUAGAAACGAGUUUUCAGCUAGUCUAAGAUCUAUGACAUACUCCGAAGUGGAGGGUAUUCUGUCCGACAAAAAGAUGCACGUUAUGAAAAUGAGAAAUAACGUGAAAGGAGACGAGUACAAAAACACCGCAGAGUGGAUAAACACCAAGAAAGACAUCGCAAGAUGCCUCGGGGUUCUGACUGAGAAGAAGAGAGCAGAGAUAAAAGAAGAGUGCGAGCGCGAAAACAAGCCACUGCCAAAGUUCUUCACCAAGAAGCUCCCAAGAGCACAGAGAGUCAACAUUUCCAAGAGCAUUCUUAGAAAGUACUCCCAGGACAGAAAGCCCCUAAAGAGAAAGAUUGUCGUUUUCACGCCCUAA